GUCAGGUUUCUUGCUCAGCUUUUGUCUUUCCUCCAUUCCCAUUAUCCAACUAAGUUUGAGCAUACAUUCAGGAUCUUGUUUCUUUCUUUCUUGAUACUACAAUCUGUGUUCUUCCAAAACACCAGUAAUUUUCUGUAAGGGCCCAUGUUGGGGUAUCUAUCUUGAUAUCCACUUCAUUGUUGAGUGAUUAAAUCAUCUGUUUGAACUUCACCCUUCUUCUUUAUCUGCACCUUUUGCUAUAAUUUAGUUGAAGAUUGUCGUCUUCUUUUUUUCCUAAAAAGAGAAAAAACACAUGUAAGACACCAACCAUAAGAUGCACUUGAGUUCAAGCCAAGCACCUCCUACUUGUGGUCGUUUGCUUUUAUUAAUUUUGCUUCAUCUAUCCUGAAUUUCUCGUGCCUUAUAUUCAUAUUUGACUCAACAACAUCAUGAAGAGCAUCAAGGCUAUUAGUCAUGCCAUAUUUGUCUUGUUCAUCCUCUCUCUGAGUGCAAGAUGCUAUGGACAACUAGACCUUGAUAUAGCUCCAAUGGAGAUAGCAGAGCAAGAAGCUCUAUACUCUACCAUUCAAGGCUUUGUUGGUAAUUCAUGGAAUGGCUCAGAUCUCUAUCCAGAUCCUUGUGGUUGGACUCCUAUUCAGGGGGUCUCUUGUGAUCUUUUUGAUGGAUUUUGGUAUGUUACUGUCUUGAACAUUGGACCCAUCCAAGACAAUUCUCUGAGUUGUGCUCAAAAUUUGGAAUUUAGACCACAGUUAUUUGAGCUCAAGCACCUAAAGUCUCUAUCCUUCUUCAAUUGUUUUCAAUCAGAAAAUAGAUUUCCAAUCACCAUCCCCGCUGGAAACUGGGAGAACCUGGUUGACAGUUUAGAAUCACUGGAGUUCAGAUCAAACCCGGGUCUCAUUGGAAACAUGCCCUCAAGUUUUGGUGUCCUCAAGAACCUCCAAUCACUAGUACUAUUAGAAAAUGGUGUAACUGGUGAAAUACCACCAGAACUUGGCAAUCUCACCAAGUUGAAGAAGCUUGUUCUUGCUGGAAACUAUUUUACUGGGAGGAUUCCAGAUGUUUUUGGUGGGCUAAAUGAGUUGUUAAUCUUUGAUUUAAGUAGAAAUUCAUUAUCUGGGACUUUGCCUUUGACACUUGGAAGCUUAAUCUCAGCAUUGAAGCUGGAUGUAAGCCACAACAACCUUGAAGGAAAUCUUCCAAAUGAAUUUGCAAAUCUUAAGAACCUGACCCUAAUGGACCUAAGAAAUAACCGAUUCACUGGUGGGUUGACCUUGUCUUUUCAAGAGAUGCAUUCCUUAGAGGAAAUGGUUUUGUCUAACAAUCCAUUAGGAGGAGACAUCAGGGCCCUAAAGUGGGAAAACCUUAAGAACUUGGUCAUUUUGGAACUCUCUAGCAUGGGCUUGACAGGGGAAAUUCCUGAGUCUAUUUCAGAAUUAAAGAGGUUGAGAUUUUUGGGACUUAGUGAUAACAACCUCACUGGCAACCUGCCACCGAAGCUGGAAACUCUUCCUUGUCUCAAUGCACUUUACCUAAGUGGAAACAAUCUCACAGGAGUGCUUAAAUUCUCCAAAGAGUUUUUUGGCAAGAUGGGAAGGCGUUUUGGGGCAUGGAACAACCCCAACCUUUGCUACUCAGUUAGAGUAAUAUCAACCAGCAGUGUUCCAUAUGGAGUAAAACCAUGCCAGAAAGAGGUCACUUUGUUAGAACCUAAUACAAAAACUGAGCUGAUCAAUGAGGAUAGGAAUGAUACUUCCCAUUUCAUAGCCUCUACGGGAUUUUCUAGCUGUCCUAUUAAUGGCCUCUGGUGGACUUUUCUGGAUGAAAUAUUGAUUACGGGUCUAUUUUUAAUUCUUAUAUAGCUCUUUAAUCAAGGAGAGUUCCAAUUUGUGCUUUAACCU